UUUUUGUACAGUUCCUUUUUUUGAUUUUCUUAAUCUCUCUUUUCUAAUCUGUUUCUGAUGCACGGCGCAAUGAGCAGAGAGAGACAAGCAUGAGCUGAUUCAUGACAGUUAGUUCCUACGCGGUGUAACCACCAUGUUACGUUAAAUGUUUGUUGCUUUCCUUCUCUAAGCGUCGUUGCGUCAACUUCUUCUCGAAUAGGUUCUUUGUAAAAUCUAUUUUUACUUACCAUUUCAUAAUUUUCAUCUCUUUUAAUAUCGCUAAACAUAUUUUAUCUCUGAAUACAAAAAAAAAUAGAUUAAGAAGAAUAAGUCAGCAAACAGUGGGUUGCACGUAAUCAUACAUAAACAAUUAAUAGAAUAGUUUGAAUUUUCCGUCGAAGAAUCACGCUCUCUCUGUCUCUUAUAUAACAUCCAAAUUGGCACCUCUAUCCUGGGGUGUUAUUGCGAGGAAUGGUGGACUAGUGCCUUUCUAGCAAUCUUGUUGAUAAUUUCGUUUUUAUUUCUAAUGUAUAGCGAAAGAAAGAUGAAUAUGAAGGAUUCACGACCCCUGAUGUCAACCAUGUUUUCUGGAAUCAACAGCAAAACUCCAACGUCCAUCCGUAAGAUCACGGGUUUAUUCGAGGCAAAAAUGAAUUCUGCUGUGUCAAAGAAUCAAAAAGAGGUAAAGGGUCACUCCGUAGAUAAAUCAUGUGGAUGGGCCAGCAAUUUUCUUUCAAUGGUGGAAUUAAGGAGGAAGAUACUAAGCUUCAGAGAUAUUAUAGACCUUCCUCCCUGUGAUACACGAGGUCCAAUUAAAGAGUUGUUGAUGGGAACUGUCGCAGAUCUUCACAACCUGUACCCAAAAAUUGUGCCCAGCAUUGACAUGUCAGAAAUGGAUGAAACAUCUGUACAUGAGGUGUUCUACCAAUUUUACAAUGCUUUAAAAUCUGUUGGAGACUCGUGGGAGAAAAAUCACAAGUGGUUGAACAAAUUCAAAUGUGAAAAAACAGGCAACAUGGACGACCUUAGUUUGGAGCAAUUUGUUGAUACAGUGUUGGCAAAACUUGACUACAUGAUUAAGAUAGCAAAAGAAAUAUUCGAUGUAAUGGAUGAAGAAGAUCAGAAAAGUGAAGGGAGUCCACGGUAUUCCAUGUUUGGAGAUGCAUUAAGUAAAUCUUUUGACAGUAAAACAUCAUCUUGUCUCUCUCCGGUAACCCCUACUUCAGUCCUUCCGGAUAUGAUCGAGAGUACAAUAAAUAACGGGAAAUUUGCAGACUACACAUAUUCUCCCCCUCUUCUAUUUCCUCUCAGGCUGCAGGCUGUAGGUAAGUUGAAAACUGUCGAUGUUACACGUCUCUCCCCCAAAAUGGCCCCCAAUGUGUCAACUAGAAGUUCCACGACUAUCAAUGUAUUGAAAAAGACAGAUCGUGAAGAGAAGCCAAAGAUAAGAGAAGCAAAAAGAAAUUUUGAAGGAUUUCAAGUAAGAACUCCCAGUAAGGAACCUAAAGUUUCAAACGAUACUAAUGGCAAACUGAAGAUACAGAAGUCUAUACCAAAUGAGAUGAAAAGCAAGAGAGUUGAUGGAAUCAGCAACAAUGAAACAUCUAAACUCACCGUGCCACCAGUUGGACGACCUACACGCACAGUGAAAAAAGAACCCACCCCCCGGCUUGUUCACACAAGAAGAGAACCAAAACUGCUAUCUCAAGCACCUCAGCCACCAUCACGAAUCCUGUCACCCAAAGCAACUGUCGCACCAGUAAAAGCAUCUGCAGCACCAGUUCCUCUUUCAUCACCACCAUAUGCUGUGCCAUCAAUUGCUGCAGUAGCACAACCACCGCCCACGUUAGAAACGAAGGUAUCUGCGGUUUCACCUCCACCACCACCCAUGCAUGAAGUGGAGGCCUCUGCUGCGCCACCUCCACACCCAUCUAUGUUGGAGUCGAAUGCUGCGGUACCAGUCCUACCACCCAUGUCAAAAGCUAAUGUAUCUCCACCCACACCUCCACCACCACCACCGAUGUGGAUUUCAGAUUCUUCUGCAUCAUCACCAAUACCCAUGUCAAAAGUAAAUGUGUCUCCAGCACCACCUAUGUGGAACUCAAAUGCUUCUGUACCACCAUCUCCACCACCGCCACCCAUGUUAAAAGUAAAUGAAUCUUCAGCACCGCCUCCACCACCGCCACCUAUGUUAAAAGUAAAUGAAUUUCCAGCACCGCUUCCACCACCACCUGAGUGGACAUUAACAGCUUCUGCACUACCAUUACCACCACAAUCCCUGCUCCAGACAAAAGGAUCAGUGCCGCCGCCACCACCACCACCCAUGCUCCAAGCAAAAGGAUCAGUGCCGCCGCCACCACCACCACCCAUGCUCCAAGCAAAAGGAUCAGCGCCGCCGCCACCACCACCACCCAUGCUCCAAGCAAAAGGAUCAGCGCCACCACCACCACCAAUGUUACAGGCAAACGGAGGUGCUCCACCACCUCCUCCUCUACUAGGUGUUUCAAAAGCUCUUCGUCCCAAGAAAGCAAAUACGAAACUGAAGAGAUCAACAAACAUGGGUAAUCUCUACAGGCUUCUUAAAGGAAAGGUAGAGGGGUCUAGUUUAGAUGGUAAAUUAUCAAAUGGGAAAAAGAAUAUUGGGAGCUCUGGAGGUAGCAAACAGAGCAUGGCUGAUGCACUAGCAGAAAUGACAAAAAGAUCUGCUUACUUCCAGCAAAUAGAGGAAGAUGUAGAAAAGCAUGCUAAAACAAUCAAUGAAAUGAAAGCUGCACUCAGUUCAUUCCAAACGAAGGACAUGUCCGAACUGCUAAAAUUUCACCAGUACAUAGAACUUCAUCUCGAAGACUUAACAGAUGAAAGCCAGGUAUUGGCAAGGUUUGAAGGUUUCCCCACAAAGAAGCUCGAAAUUUUGAGGACAGCUUCAGCACUUUACUCGAAGCUGAACUCAAUUGUUACUCAACUUGAGACCUGGAAGAUAGAGGCUCCUCUUGACAAGCUACUGGAUAGGGUUGAGUGCUACUUCAACAAGAUCAAGACAGAGGUUGAUGCACUGGAACGGACCAAAGACGAUGAAGCUAAACGAUUUCAGAGUCACAAUAUCCAUUUUGACUUCAACAUACUAGUAAGAAUCAAAGAAACGAUGGUGGAUGUCUCAUCUGGAUGCAUGGAACUGGCACUAAAGGAAAGAAGACAGGCAAAGGCAGAAGAAAAUGAGGGAGCUGGAUCUAAAGCUGAAAUAAAAUUGAGAGCAUGUGCUAAGAUGCUUUGGCGGGCUUUUCAGCUGGCAUUCCGAGUUUAUACUUUUGCAGGUGGACAAGAUGAUCGUGCCGAGAAGUUGACAAGAGAACUGGCUCAUGAAAUAGAAACUGAUCCUGAGCACCAGUAAAAUAAUCUUAUACAUGUUGUGCUACAAUAUAGUAUAACUCAUCCAAAAGGAGGCAAAAGAGAAUAGUUUGCAAAAUCAGAACCAUUUCAUCACAUUGAAGCAACUGUUGCGUCAUAUCGUGAUACCACUUUUGUUCGAUUUAAAACCUCAAGCGAAGGUUAAGGUUUAGUCUAUGGUAGAUUAUGAAUGAGACUUAUAUAGCAAUUAUAUAAUAUUGUUGCUUGAUAAAAUUGUGUAAGAAGACUUGUGGGAGCAAAAAAAAGGGGUUAGCUCAAUCUUCAUUGCUCUACUUAUGGCAAGGGUCGUUUAUUUUUUUGGUGUAAGUGAUCGAUAGUGUGAUUUCAACAUUCUCUAUCACCGGUACUAUAAGAACUAUUAUGCCAAUAGACAGUCUUGCUUGUUGUAGAUUAUA